AGAGGGAGAGGCGGUCCGCGGGUCGCGGUUUGCGCCCCAAUGCUAGCGCGAUUUCCAACGCGCCUCCACGCGAAUCAUUACGCGGACGCAUCGCGUUUCACAACGUAUUCGCAAAUUUGCGUUGCGCCACAAUCGCCGAUUUUGAGUUUAGAGCACUCGCAUCGAAGGAAACGAAGUGUUACAUUAUGUGAUGUGACUGUAAGUGAUAUCGUAUAGCAGCCGUAUCGCUUUGCACUCGUAUUCGGAUUUCGGAUGCGUGAUUUACGAUCUUGUUUUACAACUUAUUUUCGUUGCAAGUACAUCUCAUAUGAGCGACGACUAUGCAAACAGCGUACGACAACCUGUUUUAUUACAGAAACGCGUAAACAUUUUACCUUUUGUUAAUUAAGUAAUCAAUAAAUCGUCCGUAUUGAUAAUUCACUUCGGAAAUCGAAACCUGUUGAAUUAAUCGAGUGAAAUCGAUUCGAAUGUUGCAAUUCUUCGAUUCGAAAUAUAUAAACGUAAAUUAAGAAAAUAAUGACGACGUAAAAUACCGUCGGAUUGUUGAUGGAAAUGAAAUCGCGUAGAUGAAAUGAAGACGUCGCUGGAAUGCGAGCGGUCGGAGGCCGCGGAGAGCGCGAAGGGUCGAAUAUCAUUCAGUGUCGACUCGCUCCUGGGCAGCAAGUCCGACACGCCGCGGGACACGCCCGACGCACACAGCAACGAUGCGGAGAGCACCGUCGAUACCGACGACAGCGAUGUGGACAUCGAGGAUGUUGAGUCCAACGUGGGAGAUGAGAGAGAUGAUCGUGACGAACGGGGGAGUACAAACGAUGAUGAAACGGAGAACAGGGGUGGAGUUGUGGUUCCGCAGCCGUUGUUGCCGCGACUGUACCAAGGGCCGACGCCAACUACAUGGCCGUUCGGCGCGUUCCCGUGGAUGGCACCGAAUCCCAUGUUUCGCACGGGAUCGCCAAACACUGGCCCUCCAAGUGGUCCUCCUGUAGUACGCUGCCAACUCCGCAAACACAAGCCGAACAGGAAGCCCCGUACGCCCUUCACCACACAACAGCUCCUCGCUCUAGAGAAGAAGUUUAGGGACAAACAAUACUUAAGUAUUGCGGAAAGAGCAGAAUUCUCCUCAUCAUUACGACUAACGGAAACACAGGUUAAAAUUUGGUUUCAAAAUCGUCGGGCUAAAGCAAAACGUUUACAAGAGGCUGAAAUAGAGAAACUCAGACUCUCUGCACGGCCCUUACUUCCUCCAUCAUUCGCGCUAUUUGGCGGAGGUGGGGCUCCACCUUUGUUCGCUGCUAUGGCUGCAGCGACGAGGCCGCAACUCAGUUUUUUAGGAGGGCCACCUACCCACCAGCACGCUAUAAACAUGAAUAUACUGAAUUCCUUACAACCACAUUGACGGCAUGAACACGCGGUGGCGCGUGACGGAGAGCAGCCGCCAUCUUCCUAACAUGGCGACUAGAACUGAGAGUUUUAUUAUGAUCGGAUACGCGGACUGAAACAAGUGAUUGAUAAAUAAAAUAAA